AUGUCUUUGCGGAUUUGGGUUGCGCAAACGACAGCAAACAUUUUACGAAGGUUUCCCAUUGCCGCCGGGUGUUCACAGACGCGUUCAUCAUCAUCAUCAUACAAAUAUGUCUGUGAACCAGCAGAAUCGGAUGGCUCACUUUUGGGUGAUUUCCGAAAGGGCAUGAAUUAUUUGUUUAUCACCGAGCUUUGCCGAGGAAUGGGUAUCAUUGCUGGACAUUACUUCAUGGAACCGGCAACAAUAAAUUAUCCGUUCGAGAAGGGACCACUGAGUUCACGUUUCCGUGGUGAACAUGCCCUACGAAGGUAUCCGUCCGGUGAAGAAAGAUGCAUUGCAUGUAAAUUGUGUGAAGCGAUAUGUCCUGCACAGGCCAUAACAAUAGAAGCGGAGGCGAGACCGGACGGAAGUCGUCGAACAACGCGCUACGACAUCGAUAUGACAAAAUGUAUUUAUUGUGGACUGUGUCAAGAAGCAUGCCCCGUCGAUGCCAUUGUUGAGGUAGGCCACAGCUGUUACUGUGAUGAAUCGUUGGAAAACAUCCUCCCAAUGAAAUAUUGCGAGACUGCACGCUAA